CAAGGGCUCCCACACAAGCUGCUUUCACUGUCUGUGGGUGCACAAGAGGCUGCUCACACUUUAAAUCAAACUUUUUAUGAGAGAUAUAGACAAGUAAGCUGAUAUUUUACUUAUUAUUUUAAGGUUCUCAGUAUAGUCUGUUCGGUCAGCUCACAGAAAAACACAUUUCGAGAUUUAAAGUUUUUUUGUUUGUUUUUUUUGAACAGAGACGGCAUUGAAUAUUUUAGAAAAUUUAAAAAGUCUAGUAUUUUUCGAUGAGCCAAAAUAUCAGUAUGUCCAUGAUGAAUGUGACACGGGAGGGAAUUAACCCAACGACUCCAAGGACUCUGUUAGUGACAUGCGUGACUCUGCUGGUAUCCGUCCACCUGUUUCGAUGGUUACGGCGACAGCGAUCGAUCUCCUGCCCGCCCGGCCCCCUCCCCUGGCCGGUCAUCGGGAACGCAGCGCAACUUGGCAACGCACCGCACUUGUAUUUUACGCGCAUGGUGAAAAAAUACGGCAACGUCUUCCAGAUCAAGCUCGGCUCUCGGACCGUGGUGGUGCUGAACGGGGAAUCCAUUAAACAGGCGCUGGUCAAGCAGGGCUCCGAAUUCUCCGGCAGACCGGACUUCACCUCCUUCAAGUACAUCUCCAAUGGGAACAGCCUCGCGUUUGGCACCUCCACGGACUGGUGGAAGGUGCACCGCAAAGUGGCCCAGUCCACUGUCCGGAUGUUUUCUACCCGAAACCCCCACACUAAGAAGAAGUUUGAAAAUCAUGUGCUCAGCGAGGGAAAAGAGCUGCUGCGGCUGUUUUUGAGAAAAACGAAGGAGGACAAAUACUUCCAGCCCAUGACGUACCUCGUGGUGUCCACGGCCAACAUAAUGAGCGCGGUUUGCUUUGGGAAACGGUACUCCUACGAAGACGAGGAGUUUCAGCAGCUGGUGGGCAGGAACGACCAGUUCACCCAGACUGUCGGUGCAGGGAGCAUAGUGGACGUUAUGCCCUGGCUGCAGUACUUCCCCAACCCCAUCAAAACCAUCUUUGACAACUUCAAGCAGCUCAACCUGGAGUUUAAUGCAUUUAUCCGAGAUAAAGUGAAGGAACACAGAAAAACAAUCCAGUCAAGCACCAUCAGAGACAUGACAGAUGCCUUUAUAGUGGCGCUGGACCAAAUAAGCGAUAAGAUGGGACUUUCUGAGAAAGACUAUGUGACCUCCACAGUUGGGGAUGUAUUUGGAGCAAGUCAAGACACACUGUCGACUGCCCUGCAGUGGAUCAUCCUCCUUCUUGUCAAGUAUCCAGAGAUUCAGGUGCGUCUCCAACAGGAGGUGGACAAAGUGGUGGACCGGAGCCGCCUCCCCUCUAUCGAGGACCAGCAGCAGCUGCCUUACAUCAUGGCCUUCAUCUACGAGGUGAUGCGCUACACAAGCUUCACUCCCCUCACCAUCCCCCACUCCACCACCACAGACACCUCCAUCAUGGGCUACACCGUACCAAAGAAUGCAGUCAUCUUCAUCAACCAGUGGUCCAUCAACCACGACCCGGGCAUUUGGUCCCAUCCAGAUACCUUUGACCCCGAGCGUUUCCUACGCCAGAACGGUGCGCUGAACAAAGACCUGACCAGCAAUGUGCUCAUCUUCUCCUUGGGUAAGCGGCGGUGCAUCGGCGAGGAGCUGUCCAAGCUGAAGCUGUUCUUACUCACAGCUCUCAUAGUACAUCAGUGCAACAUCACAGCUGACCCUGCAAGGCCGGUGACGCUGGGCUACAACUACGGCCUGACUCUGAAACCUCACCCUUUCUCUGUAGCCGUCUCUCUGCGCGAUGACAUGACACUACUGGAAGCAGCUACCAGUUAGGAAUUCUCUGAGGAGGUGAAGGUUGAGCGUUCACAAACAAUAAAUUUAAUUCAAACUAUGAUGGGAAAAAAAAAUACAUGAAGGCACAGAAAAACUUUAAAACUUUUAUUUGAGGCUGAAGAGCAUAUUUUGAAAACUCAGGCCAUUUUUUUAAAAUCUCAUACGCACUGUUUAAAAUGUUUCACAUAACAGAGUCGAGACUGAUUUAACAGCCUUUGAUUGUUGACUUAUUUCUAAUUAGGGCCUGAAAGAAACAGCUGUGGCAUCUGUAUCAAAGAACGCAUACACCGUGUGCGUGCCACCUCACCUGCAGGAAUCUCUCUUAACAUCAGAAACAGUCUCACAUACCAGCCAGCAAUUAGCUAUCCUCUUUUGAUUCAUCAAAUUAAAAGACUGCAGCACAUUGCCAGCCCUGAACAGGACUUUAAAGCAAGCAGCACUGCAGAUGCUGGAGUUCCAAGGUGCAAGAUGCAGCAAAUGAUUGAAAAGUUCAAGCUGUCUGUUAAUAUUUUUGCUGUCAGAUAAAAGAAAAACCAACAAAAAGUAUCUUUAAGCACAUCUGAUUUUCAGGAAACCCAUACAUUUCUCCUCUUUCUGCAUUCUUUGUAUUCAUGUUCUUUUUCCUAAUAAGGCCUUCAAACUCUUUCUAGUGCAAUAUCAAAUCUCUUAAAGCAAAAACUGUGUGACAUGUGAAGGUAAGCGCUAAAGACCGGAGUUUUUAUGUGACAAAAGUCAAGUGACAAGGUCAGAUUUCAUGCCGAUAAAACAGGUGAAUAAGCUCUCAAGCUUCAUAUCUGCUAACAUAAAAUAUUCAUUACUAACAUAUAGUUCUUUUAACAUAAGAUAUAUAUGUAGCUACUCAGGAAUAAGGCUGGGAAAAGCCAAAUACUAUUUUUAAAUGCUAAUGUAAUACAUUUAUAUUGUGAAGCCUGCUGUAAAUGCUGUUUUAAAGGACGAGGCAAAGGAGCAGACGUGCUGAGGGGAACGCUGAGGUUCCUGCAUGAAAAAGUGAAUAAAGCUAAUGUUUGAUCACUGUUAUUUACUUCUCCUUUUAAGUCUGAAUAAUGUCGAACCAUUUAUGCCUUCUCUUAAUUUCCACACUCAAGAUACCAUUAAUUAAAUUUCUGUCUCCUGUAAUUUUAUUAAUUUUUUUUUUUUUGUCACAGAAAUAGUCAUGCUGUCAAAAUUAGCAUUGAGACGCUGGGAGUAGUUUGUUGAUUUUGUUUAUAGACUUGUCUAAUUGCUCUCUGAGCGCGGGAGACUAAUAGACUGUAAAGUCUUGGAUUUGAGCAUUUGUUGGCUUGCAGCUGAUACAUUUUGGAAUAAUGAAAUUCAGGCUAAUAAAACUAUAUUUUCAUUUUCUCCUGCACUGAACACUUUGUUAUUGUAUGUAAUAAAAACAUGUUUAACUAGCCUUUUGCCCCCAAAUAAUUCAAUUGAACUAUUCACGUUUACUUUAGUUGCUCCCAUUUGAACCAUUUGAUAUGAGUGCUUUAAUUACACCUAUUAUUUAUGAUAUAAUCAUGAAAGUCAAGAAAUACCUCAAAUCCAGUCAUUUACAGCACCUUCACUUCUUUUACAGAAAUAUAGAAAUUAGUGUCGGUGAUUGACACAAACAUGAUGUUUAGCCCUGCUUAAUGUUACAAAUACAGCGCUUUAAGCUUCUGACUGCACAGUGCUGCCGCUGUGAUGUUAU